AUGUUUGGCGGGAGUCCCAACUCUCCAACAUUCAAGACAGAGAGCGAAUCGAAAGCCGAAUCAAAGCCUCCUUCGCCCGGCUCAAGUCCCAGCCCCAACCCUCCAGCUCCCGUCAAAACGGCCGUCGCCCAGCCUGCAAGCGGAGAGAAGCGAAGUGGCAAUGGCAGCCCCCCCAGCCGCAAUGACACUGGCGGUCCUACUGAUAAGAAACGAAGGAGCAGCAGUGUCGGGAGCAAAGCGAGCAGCCUCCUCGCGUCGGCCAAGAAUACCCUGAACUUCUCCCAGACCGGUCGUGGCAACUCUGAUCUGAGUGCCCAGACGCCGUUGCAGAAGCUGGGUAAGCAAGAUCCCGCGUUGGCGGUUCCCCAGGGACAGCAUAACAACUCCGCCGGUGAAUCCGUACCCGGCCCCAGGUCUACAUUCCGAGUCGGUGUUUGGGAAGACAGGAACAAAAAAUGUCGCCGGACCAUGGAGGACACCCACGCCUUCUUGUACAACUUCUUGGCCACUCCUCAGCCCAAUAGCGACGCCGCGUCCAAGACCAAGUCCGAGAAGAGUGACGCUGAAGGAACCGGCAAGGACAUGUUGGAAUCCGACAACGGAUACUUCGCCAUCUUUGACGGCCAUGCUGGCACCUUUGCUGCUGACUGGUGUGGGAAGAAGCUUCAUCUUAUUCUAGAGGACAUUAUCCGGAAAAAUCCAAAUGCGGCUAUACCAGAGUUACUAGACCAGACCUUCACCAUGGUGGACACACAACUAGAAAAACUCCCACUAAAGAAUAGUGGCUGCACGGCUGCCAUUGCCGUGUUGCGGUGGGAGGAUCGCGUCUCCUGUGAGAGGUCCGUGGCGGGGGUGACGAAAUCGGCACCCAAACCAAACGAGGCAAACUUGUCCGAAAAAGACAAGCCAUCCGACUCACCGCGCGGCCGUACAGCUCCUGCCUCAUCUGCCGACGCUCAGCUGAAGCCCAAGCCAUCCACCACGAGGCAACGAAUUCUAUACACGGCCAACGUCGGCGACGCCCGCAUCAUCUUGUGUCGUGGCGGCAAGGCGUUGCGGCUGUCAUAUGACCACAAGGGAAGCGACGAGAAUGAGGGCAAGCGGAUUGCCAACGCUGGCGGCCUGAUUUUGAACAAUCGUGUCAAUGGCGUGCUGGCAGUCACCCGUGCACUAGGUGACGCAUAUAUGAAGGAGCUUGUCACCGGGCAUCCAUACACGACAGAAACUGUGAUACAAGCCGACACUGACGAAUUCAUCAUAAUUGCAUGUGAUGGGCUGUGGGAUGUUUGUAGCGACCAGGACGCCGUCGAUCUAGUCCGGGACGUCCAGGAUCCAAUCGCUGCGUCAAAACAGCUGGUAGACCACGCGUUGAGCCGAUUCAGCACCGACAAUCUGUCAUGCAUGAUUGUCCGCUUUGAUAAGCCUGUUACGGUGGCUCAGGGCGUGGGUACCACUGAGAGUGAAGGCGAAUCGGACCGCGGCGCGGCGCCGAGGGUCAGUGAAGCCGAGAAGAUCGUAUCGGACACCAAACAGGCCAUAGCCGAAGGCACCGUGGCGGCGGUUGGGGUGUCUGCCAGCAACAGCGGUCGGGGAUAUGACACUACACCUGCCGAGGGGGGAGAAUUCGUCGUGACUACGCUGAGCGAGCCCGUAGAGGAGGAGACGGAGAGCGCCAUUGCAGAGGAUGCCAGCCCCGAGGUGUCGACUGCAGGCAAAGACGCCCCAGAAACGACUGAGGCUGCAAGAAAGGCCGAUGAGGGGUCCGAGAAGUAA